AUGGCUGCCAUCUUGGAAAUUCCACUUCGUUUUUCACCUUUCUUCUUGCAUCGACUUUCUUCUUUUUAUUCUUCUUUUCUUCUUGCCUGGAUUGUUUUUUUUUUUUUCAUUUUCUUCUUUAUUUUUUCCUACUUGUUUUCUGUUUCUUCUUCAUAUUCUGUUUUGCCCUUUUCUUUCAUGUGGGUCAUUCGUCUUUUCCUUUCACAUGGAUUUCUUUUUCAGCUUAAUUUUCUAUCUGCUUCUUUCUUUUUAUCUUUUUUAUUAUUCCUUCAUGAUCAUCUUCUUCUUCUACAUGCUUAUUUAUUGCUUCCCAUUUUUCUUCAUCUUUCUUCCACUUUCUUUUUCCUUCUUUUAAUUCUCGUCUUCUUCACUUUCUUCCUUAUCUGCUUGCUUCUUCCUGCUUUUUUUUUUCUGACAUUUAAUUUUUCGUUCUUCAUUUUUCUUCUUGCUUGUAAAAUUUCUUCUAAUUUUCUUUUUUUCUUAUUUGUAAUUUUUUUUCUCAUUCUUCUUUAUUUUAGUCUCGGUUGUUCUUUAAUUUUAUUUUUAUCUUUACAAUGUCUCUCAUGCCUCGGACUCUCAUCCUAUGUUUAUAUUCAUUUUUUUUCCAUUUUCUUUCAGUUUUAUUUUCCAUCUGCUUUUUAUUCUUCAUUCUUCAUUCUUCUCAUUCAUUUUUCGGCUUGUUCUCCUCUCUUUUCCUUCCGUUUUCUUCAUUUGCAUAUUGUUCUUUUUAUUAUUCCUUGUUCUUCUUAUUAUUAUUUUCUUCUUCUUCAUACUAUUAAAUUGUUUCCCAUUUGUCUCCUUGCUUCUUCCUCUUUCUUUUUAUUGCUCUUCUUUUUCUUUUUCUUCUUCUUCUUCCUUGUCUUCUUGCUCCAUUUAAAUUUUCCUUCUUCUUUUUUGUUCUUACUUGUAAAAUUCUUCUCAUUUUCUUUUUUUCUUUUAUUCUUCUUCCUUGUAAUUUUUUUUCUCAUUUUCCUCUUUUUUCUUCUUUUUCUUACUUGCAAAAUGUUUUCUCAUUUUCCUUUUUUUCUUCUUAUUAUUUGUAAAAUAUCCUCUCAUUCUUUUUUUCUUUUCUUUUUCUUCUUCUUUAUAAAAUAUUUUCUCGAUCUUCUUUUUUUCUUCUUCUUAUUUACUAAUUUUCUUCUCAUUCGUUUUCUUCAAUUUGCCUUCCUCUUCUUCUUUAAUCUUCUUGCCUUUUCUUCGAGUUGCUUUUUAUUCUUACAAUGUCUUUUCAUACAUCCUUUGUCUAAUUUUCUUCUUCCUCAAUCCUCUUCAUCGUGA